UAUAUAUAUAUAUAUAUAUAUAUAUUGUUUAAUAAAUAAACACUUCCUCGAAUAAACCAAAAAAACUUUCGAAUAAAUAACUUAGCUACUCUAUGGUUCGACUCCAGUUCCUCUUGUAAAAUACGGUAUAUGAGUUUAACCAAACAAAAAAUAAAUGCUUUUGACUCAAAUUUUCUUUUCUUUUUCUCAUUUCUUAAAUUUUGAAAAAAAAAGGGGGGGGGGGCAAGGGGCUGGCCGACUGGAAAUCAUGAUACAUCAUCCGCUUAUUUAUACCUUCGCACAGUUCGCAAUAAUAUAUGUAUUUUUAAUACACAAAGACACGUGUUUGACAUCAUAGCCUGUAAUUAUGCAUUUGAAAAGUAUUAUCCUCGAAGAAAUAAUUUAAAUAAAUACUGAUGAUGUGUAAAGUGGUAAACGCUGAACAAGCUUAAGGUACAACAUAAUCAUUUAACAUAGCCCCCUAUGUUAAAUUUUAACCCUAUCAUUACUUUAUCGUACGUGCUAUACUGGUGGUGAUGCUGAUGAGGAUAAUAAUGAUGAUUUAUGAAACGGUAGUGGUAAGGAAGGCGAUGAUGGUGAAUAUGGCAAUCAUGAAUAGGCUUAAAGAAUUGUCAAAAAAUCUUAUCAUUAUCAUCACUAGUCUUCUGUUUUAGCAAAUGCCUGUGAAAAAUUAUUAAUUAAUUUCUCUUGUGCAAUAUAUUUUCCAUAAUUAAGGAGUUUAAAAAUCUGUAUUCUUAGGCUUUGCAGGGCCUUGCUAUAGGGCUUAACUUUUGUCCUGCAUCCUCUAAUUAAAAAAAAAAAAUCUUGCUGUACUUGUUUACUGAAGUGAUGUAUCCAUGGCAAAGGGAAGUAUGUGUUUAGAAUGUCUCACAUGAUUAUGAUAUGUAAUGAGAAAGGUAUUCAUUGCAUAGCCUAUUAUUAAAAAAAAAUAUAUAUAAAGCAGUAUUUUAUCUUAAAAUGUCUUGUACUUCCCUCUGCUGUGGUAUACCGGUACCCAAAAUGCUGGAGAAACUCCAUAUCAAAUGGAUGCAAAUACACAAUUACACUAAACUAUGUGCUCACAUGGAAACCCAAUAUAAUUUUAACAGCAUUCACUAUACAGCAGAUAAAAAUUGGCCCCACAACCCACACAAAAAAGAUAACUUACUCCUAGAAUGAAAUGUUAACAUAGCACAAUGCAUAAAUGCCAUGGAAUUACAGAACUAACUCUGGAUCAUUUCUAAAGUUCAGUACUUCUAUAUACCAUAAUCAAUAUCUCAGACAAAUGGAUUAUGUUAAUGCAGAUCAGGUAUUCAUCGAUCGAAAAGCUUAGGUCUAUUAAAAGGCUAACUUUGAUCGAUUAGAAGUCAACAAAACAAAGCAAUCUUGUUCGUCUACGUAAUCUGUACGUGCAUUGUCCUUCAUUAAUACACUUAUGACAACACUCAAGAACCAUUUAUAAAGAAUUCGAUAAUAUGGAAGAAAACGAGGAACUUGAAACCGAUUCAGAACUGCUCCCUGAUCCCGAUGGAGAGGACAGACAUAGACAAGACAUCAAGAAGCCUCGGCAAAGUAAAGCGUACGUAUCCGCUAAGAUUCUUAAUGAUUGCGAACAAAGACGACUAGAGUUCAAAUUAUCUUACCUGGAAAAGGAAUUUCGGAGUAAAACGAACAUCAUAUCGUCUGAGCAAACAGCGUUGAAAAAAGAAUUGAUUUUUGUGAACCAGGGAAAUAAAUCUGAUUCUGGAAAGGGAUUUAUCAUUCCUCGGGGCAUAUCCAAAACUGAAGCAGAUAAACUUAAACAUAACCGAAGAAAAAACAUACCUAAACCCAACCUCAGCUUAUCAUUAUCAGAGUUUGAUGCUAAGAAAAAAAAGACUCAUGCCGCCAGAGAAACUUUACUAGCAAAUAACAAGAAAGGUGAUUCUGAAGAGGGCAUUGAACAAAGAAAUUGUGCAAGAUUUAAAAAACGGCGCGGGGCAAUUCAACUUGACAAUCGACCAUCAGGUUUUAAUCGAUUAGCACGAAUGACAAAUGACGAAGGUAGGCCUAAGUAGGCCUAAAUUUACCUAUGGCAUUAAAAUACUUUGGACAUAUCAAACCGCCUGGAAGAAAUGUAAAGAGACAAGAGAAGAGGUGGUAUACCACGGAAGCGCUGGUGAAAUAGUUAUGGUUAAAAACCCAGUUUUUUGGCCAAAGUAGCAAAAAAUUAUUUACAAAGGUUUUUUGAGUAGAAACUAUCUAAGAGGGUUUCAAGAGCCAUCAAAAAAAGUUGGAACAAUUUUUCCCAUGGGAAAAAGAGUUAUGACCUUUUAUAUAAAGGUUUAUCUAACACUGAAACAGUAGGGGUAGUCGGUUCUAUGCCACAUAUGACCCAAAAAACAGUUGCAAGAAAACUUUUUUUUCGGAUGCUUUCUGUAACAUAAUGUCUAGAAAAGAUGAAUAUGUAUAUUUUAGCCAAAAAUUGCACAAGCAUCAAGUGAUUUUUUUCCAAGAUGGCCACCAAAAUGAUGCCAAAAACUUUAAAAUAGCCAUAAAUUAAGUUAUUUUUGUCUCGGAUGUUUUUUUUUUCUUAACUGAAACCAAUUGAAAAUUCAUCUGAUAAUGAUUGAAUAAUAAAUUUCAAAAAUUGAAUAAUUCCAAAAGUCAUCAAAAAUGGCUGCUAUAUUCAUUUUUCAUAUCCGUAACCCAUUAAUUAGUAGUCCUAUAAUGGUGAUUGCAGUGUCUACAUUUUGUGGGCCAUAGCAUUUAUAAAUAUCAUUUAAAAUAUGAUUUAAUAAGAGCUUAAGUAAAAUAUAAGUAAAUAUCAAAUUUGGAA